UUCCUGAACUCAAUCCAUGUCAGGUAACUUCUUACAUGUAUCUGACCAAACUUAAACAUGAUAACUUUUUCCACAUUCCUCUAACCCCAAAACAAGCAUAAAACCAACUCCACUUUCUAAUUUAGGAGAUGCAUGGAUGAGAGGAUCUCUACCCUAUGCUUCCCAUCUUAGUACUUCAUGCUCAUCUUCUUGCUCUUUUUUUAAUAUUGAAAUCUGGUCUCUGAUAAAGUACAGCUAAUUGUUCUCAUGAUUUCGAAUCAGUAUUUAUUUAAACAAAUUGGAUGUCAUUCCUAUCUUUGUUCUUACAGCAAGAUGCAUUUUUAUUUUCUUUUAUUGCAUGCUCUUAUUUUCUGCUUGUGUGGUUGUCAUGAAAAGCGGGAUGCUGCCACUGCUCCAAAUGUUGGGGAUCGUGUUCUGUAUGUUAUUAUUAAAGCUGCAAAAGGUGCCAAGGCUUAUGAAAGGUCGGAGGAUCCUAUCUUCGUGCUAGAGAAUAACAUUCCAAUUGAUUCCCAUUACUAUCUCGAAAAUCAAAUUAGCAAGCCGCUUUUGAGAAUAUUUGAUCCCAUUCUGAAGAAUGCGGAAAAGGAACUUCUCCAUGGCAGCCACACAAGAUCAGUUUCCAUUUCAAUUCCUUCAAACAGCGGUAUCAUGAAAUUUGCUAAGAAACAACUUUGUUGCAUUGGCUGCAAAGCUCUAAUCAGGUGUUUUCAUGGAGGUGCCAACCUUUUUGAUUGGUUGGAUGUUAGACACGCUUGA